CGUCAGUUUAGCGAAUCUGUUACGGAAGCUCGUCUCGUCCUCUAAGCCUUCAGUGGAUGUUGAAUGAGACUAGAUAUUAAAUCAGAAGACUGUCAUAAUUGAAGAGGCAAGUGAAGAAAACAAACAGACAAAAAAAGUUAUCGCACAGAAAAAAAACUAGCUUUUCUUGUGGUUGGGAUUCAUUUGGGAUUCAGGUGUUUACAUGCUACGUUAGCCGAGGCCUAGCAGUUAGCUAAGGUGACAUCACCGGUGUGCAGGAAAACUUCUCAGAUGACAAAGUUUUCUCACUGUGCAACUGCUUAGGUUCAGUAAGCCUCAACUCAUAAUGCAUUCCGAUCUAUCCCCUCACCUGCACACAGAUGAGUGCAAUGAACUAAUAAGCCUUCUGAAGCAGUGCCACAAGGAGAACAGUUUCCUGAAGUUUUUUGGCAAAUGUAAUGACAUGGACCGCGCCAUGCGUAACUGCCUCAAGAAAGAGAGAUUGGAAAAGCGGGAGCGCAGCAAGCAGCAUGCUCUGGCGAUGAAACAGAAGUUGAAAGAAGGACUCAAGAAUGAAUUCUGAAGAAAAUAUUGUAACUUACUGGCUCUGCAAGUUGAAUCUAUUCAGAUACUGGUUCAUAACUUUCCCAUGAGACUUUUCUGUCACUCCUGGGGAGGUUUUGGAACUAUGCCUCGUUGUAAAGUAGUUGUGUGGUUCAAUUAGAGUUUUAAAAGUACCGGUACCUCCUCCAUAAGAAGGUAGAGGUUAUUUUGUUCCCAUUUGAUGAUUUUCAGUCUGCAAACAACACAAAAACCACCAGGCCAGUUUCUUAAGACCCACUGAAGAAUUGCUGCAAAAUAAACUAUAACGUUUUAGUGUGGAUUUAAUUAGUUUCUUCUUUCAAUGAUAUUAAAAUAUUUGUUUUCUGCUGCAUAUUUACAUGUUGACUCUUUGACUUGGCAGCACUGAUUUCAGUAGAUGAUGUUUUUUUUUUUUAAUCACGCAAACACCAGCAGUAAUAAUAAGGUUAUUAUUGUUUCUUAGGCACAUUUCAUUUUAUUUUUCAUCGACACCGUUAAAGAAAAGAGCAGCAUUACCAUAACAUUUAGGUCAACAUAAAACACCUAACUGUAUGUAAAAAAAAGGCUUUAUUAGCAGUUUUCAGCCACUACCCCAAAGAGAUUAAUUAAGAUGUGGGCAUAAUCCUUUCAUCAGAUCACAGUGCCUUCUGGCAGAAUCCCUCAGCAGUAUUUUAGAAGUCAUAAACCUGUCCUGAGAACAGAUUAAUUUUUAAUAAUAAUAAAAACUGCUGUGAACAUGGUAGAUUAUUGAACGUUUGCUUUGAAUGUGGAAUCACAUUGAUUCAAGACUCGU